UUGAGGUUUAAUAACACCGCGUCAAAAUUCUCCCUGACAGCCCUUGCCGUUGCUUCGCCAUAGUUUCUUCGAUCAGUCAAUGGGUGAAGGCCGGCCAGAGCCCCAACCCGACCCGCUUCUUCUUCUCUACAUGGCAACUUCCCCCUUCUUCUGCUCAAAAUUUGAAGGCUAACAGCCUCCAUUUCGUUAUCUUUCUGGUCAAGCCGUGUCUGCAAGGUCAACCCUCUCUGAUCGGCAACCCAUUGGCCCAUCGAGUCCCUUUGGCGAAGUUUCAGAUCUUUCAUCGAUUUGCGCCUUCUCUUUUACCUUCAAUUUUAUCGGAAUCUUCAAUACUCCCUGUUUUGGGAGGAGGAGGAGCGAUCCAGGUCGAGUCUUUGGCGAAGUGCCGAUUCCCGCUUUCAAAUCUCGAAAAUGUCGAUGUCCGAUUCUGAUUUUACAUCUGGAAGUGGAGAUUACAAGAAUUUCCGGCAGGCAACUCGGGACCGUCUAUUGCAUGAAAUGCUUCGAGCAACUCGUGCAAAGGAUUCAAAAACUAGAUGGAAGGUACUUAUAAUGGAUAAGCUUACGGUCAAAAUCAUGUCAUGUUCUUGCAAGAUGGCUAAUAUCACCUACGAAGGGAUUUCAUUGGUUGAAGACAUUUACAAGAGAAGACAGCCAAUGCCAUCAAUGGAUGCUAUUUACUUUAUACAGCCAACCAGAGAGAAUGUAGUCAUGUUCCUCUCCGACAUGUCAGGGAGGUCACCUCUGUAUAAAAGAGCAUUUGUGUUCUUUAGCUCACCUAUAUCUAAGGAGUUGGUCAAUCACAUCAAGAGUGAUGCAAGUGUACGACCCCGCCUAUCUACAUUGAGUGAGAUGAACUUGGAAUACUUUGCCAUUGAUAGUCAGGGCUUCAUUUCUGAUCAUGAGAGGGCUCUGGAAGAGUUGUUUGGCGAUACUGCAGAAAUUUCUCUGGCACACAAUGCAACUCUACAGACGAUUGCUACACGAAUUGCUACGGUGUUUGCUUCUUUGAAGGAAUUCCCUUAUGUUCGCUACCGUGCUGCCAAGUCAAGUUUAGAUGCUUCGACUAUGACAAGUGUUCGUGAUCUAAUCCCAACAAAGCUUGCUGCUAUUGUUUGGCAUUGCCUUGCCAAAUAUAGGUCUUCAAUCCCUGACUUUCCACAAACAGAGACCUGUGAGUUACUAAUUUUAGACCGAUCAGUUGACCAGAUUGCUCCAAUCAUUCAUGAAUGGACUUAUGAUGCCAUGUGCCAUGAUUUGCUAAAUAUGGAUGGAAACAAAUUUGUACAUGAGGUGCCUAGCAAGGCAGGUUCAACAUCUGAAAAGAAGGAGGUUCUUUUGGAGGAUCAUGAUCCUAUCUGGGUUGAGCUUAGGCAUGCCCAUAUAGCAGACGCUAGCGAAAGGCUACAUGAUAAGAUGACGAACUUCAUAUCAAGAAAUAAAGCUGCACAAAUUCAUCACGGCUCAAGAGAUGGCGGUGAAUUAUCAACUAGGGAUUUGCAGAAAAUGGUUCAAGCAUUACCACAAUACAGCGAGCAAAUCGAUAAGCUUUCCCUUCAUGUCGAGAUAGCAGGGAAGAUUAACAAAGUAAUUAGAGAAGCCGGACUUCGUGAACUGGGCCAACUGGAACAGGAUCUUGUAUUUGGAGAUGCUGGAACAAAAGAUCUGAUCAAUUUCUUAAGGACAAAUCAGGAUGUGACGCCUGAAAAUAAGCUCCGAUUAUUGAUGAUAUUUGCGGCUAUAUAUCCUGAGAAAUUUGAAGGUGAUAAAGGGGAGAAGUUGAUGCAGCUGGCAAGAUUAUCACCUGAUGACAUGAAUGCCGUGUAUAACAUGAGAUACUUAACAUUACCAGACCUCAAAAAGACGUCAGGAGGCUUCUCACUCAAGUUUGAGGUUCACAAGAAGCAAGCUGCUAGGAAAGAAAGGACUGAUGAAGAAGAGACUUGGCAACUUUCACGGUUUUACCCUGUUAUAGAGGAACUUAUUGAAAAACUUAGCAAAGGUGAACUACCGAAUAAUGAGUAUCAAUGCAUGAAUGAUCCAAGCCCUUCUUUCCAUGAAACAUCAAAUGGUACACCAGUUCGAACAACUUCCAGUCAACCUGCUCACUCUAUGAGAUCUAGACGCCCUGCUACAUGGGCUCGGCCUCGUAAUUCUGAUGAUGGAUAUUCGAGUGAUUCUGUACUAAAAUAUGCAUCUAAUGACUUCAAGCAUAUGGGCCAGAGGAUUUUUAUUUUUAUAAUUGGUGGAGCCACUCGAUCCGAGCUUCGUGUAGCCCAUAAACUUACUUCAAAGCUUAAGAGAGAGAUCAUACUUGGUUCCACAAGUAUUGACGAUCCUGCACAAUUUAUAACGAAACUAAAGAUGCUCUCUGCUCAAGAACUCUCUAUCGAUGACCUUCAGAUCUAACUCGCACAGCCAUUACAGAAUCGACCGUUUUUGGGCCCGCAGAAACAUUUUUUCCAUCGCCAGUGAUCUCUUUAACCUGUACGUGUUAUAAAUUUUUUAUUUUUAUUUUUUAUAAUCUUUGCAUUCAAGAUCCAUGGUUAUAUUUUUUUGAACCUGGAAGCAAAGUUUCUUGAGCUUGGGCACAUUGUUUUGGCACUGCUUCGUGAUGUAAAGAAAUAGCUCCCAGGAAUUUGAAUUGUACAUAGUUUGUUUAACAUAACUAGUAAUAACUUGAUCUGAAAUAUAAACCCUUUGUUGUUUUUUUUUA